AUGUGCACUACUGCGAGUUCAACAAGCGCCUCGACGAGUGGGUCAGCGGCACGCGCCUCGUCACGUCGCGCGAGCUCGAGCUGCCCAAGAGGGGCGCCCCCGGCCACGGCAACGAAAAGACCAAGCGCAAGGUGGUGCGCACCACGUCGAGCGGCACCUCGACGCCCGUCUCGACGCCCCUCACGCCGACGGGAAAGGGCAACCGCGGCGGCGGCGGCUCGCAGAACCUGCUCAAGAAGGCGGCGGCGCAGGCGGCCAAGAAUGUCAAGAUCGAGGACCAGGCGGCGUCCGGCAUCGACUCGCCCCUGGCCCAGAAGCGCAAGGCCGAGGGCGGCGGCGGCGACGAUGGCGGCCUCGACGGAGGCGGAGGCGCUGGCGACGGGUCCCAGGGCACCAGCGACGCGCGACGGCUCGGUGGACGCCGACGGCGAAGAGGACGGUGCCGUCGUGGCCAUGGAGAUGGUGGGCGGCAACGACCAGCAGGAGCACGACGACCCGGCGACCGAGACCAACGGCGGCCUGACGGCCUCGCUCAACCAGAACAAGAAGCAGGAGACGUUCAGCAAGGCGCAGGAGAUUGAGAAGCUGCGCACGUCGGGCUCGAUGACGCAGUCGGUGUCCGAGGUGGCGCGGGUCAAGAACCUCAACAAGCUACAGAUGGGCAAGCACGAGGUCGAGACGUGGUACUUUAGCCCGUACCCGAUCGAGUACGCCCACAUCGACACGCUCUACAUCUGCGAGAUGUGCCUGUCGUACUUCCCGUCGCCCUACACGCUCAAGCGCCACCGCAGCAAGUGCACGCUGGUGCACCCGCCGGGCAACGAGAUCUACCGCCACGAGGACAUUAGCUUUUUCGAGAUCGACGGGCGGCGGCAGAAGACGUGGUGCCGCAACCUGUGCCUGCUGAGCAAGUGCUUCCUGGACCACAAGACGCUCUACUACGACGUCGACCCGUUCCUCUACUACAUCAUGUGCCAGCGCGACGACCUCGGCUGCCACACGAUUGGCUACUUUUCAAAGGAAAAGGAGAGCGCGGAAAACUACAACGUGGCGUGCAUCCUGACGCUGCCGCAGCACCAGCGGUGCGGGUACGGCAAGCUGCUCAUCGAGUUUUCCUACGAGCUGACCAAGCGCGAAAACAAGCUGGGCAGCCCCGAGAAGCCGCUGUCAGACCUGGGCCUGCUGGGCUACCGCGCCUACUGGGCCGAGACGAUUGUCGAGCUGCUGCUCAAGACGGACGAGGACAUUAGCAUCGAGGAGGUUGCCCACAAGACGGCCAUUGUCCACGCCGACGUGCUGCACACGUGCAUGGCGCUCAACAUGCUCAAGCAGUACCAGGGCAAGCACUACCUCGUCCUCUCGGAUGCCGUCAUCGCGCAGCACGACCGGCAGGCCAAGAAGAAGCGCCGCCGCAUCAACCCGGACAAGCUCAACUGGACCCCGCCCGUCUUUUCGCGCCAGCAGCUCCAGUUUGGCUGGUGA